AUGUCAGGUUCUAACACAACUGACUUCACCAAUCCCUCCACCUUCAUCCUGCUGGGCAUUCCUGGACUGGACGCAGCCCACAUCUGGAUCUCCAUCCCCUUCGGUACCCUGUUUGCCAUAGCCGUCUUGGGGAACCUCAUCAUCCUGUUCAUCGUGAAGACGGAGCCAAGCCUCCAUGGGCCUAUGUACUAUUUCCUCUGCAUGCUGGCCGUCACUGACCUGGUCCUGUCCACGUCCAUCCAGCCCAAAAUGCUGAGCAUCUUCUGGUUCAAUUCCAGGGAGAUCGAUUUCAGUGCCUGCUUCACCCAGAUGUACUUCAUUCACUGCUUCACAGUGAUGGAGUCUGGGAUCCUCGUGGCCAUGGCUUUGGAUCGCUAUGUGGCCAUCUGUGAUCCCCUGAGACAUUCCACUAUCCUGACAAACCCUGUGGUAACCAAGAUUGGCCUGACUUUGGUGCUGCGGAGUGGCAUAUUUGUACUGCCCUAUAUCCUUCUAGCAACAUGGUGGCCAUAUUGCAGAACCAAUAUCAUCCCCCACACAUACUGCGAUCACAUGGCCAUGGUGAAGCUGGCCUGCGGUGACAUCCGCAUCAGUACUUACUACGGCCUCUUUCUGGUAUUCUCUGGGAUUGGUCUGGAUGUGUUUUUUAUCACCAUGUCCUAUACCCAGAUCCUCAGGGCCAUCUUCAGACUCGCCACAAAGGACGCCCGGCUCAAGACUUUUGGGACCUGCAGCUCCCACCUCUGUGUCAUCUUAGCCUUUUAUGUCCCAGCUCUCUUCUCCUUCCUCACGCAAUGGUUUAGCAACAAUGUGCCCCAGCGUUUCCAAGUUCUCAUGGCCAACUUGUACCUCCUGCUGCCCCCCAUGUUAAACCCCAUCAUUUAUGGGGCGAGGACCAAACAGAUCCGGGACAGGCUGCUCCGGCUCUUUCCUCAUAAAGGGACCUAA